GAGCAGAGCAUGCCGGGCGUUGUAGUUUCUAAGAGUCACGCCACAGGUGGCUGUUGAGCAGCGCGGGGGUGGGGGCGGGGCCGGGCGGCGCUGGGCCGGACGGUAUAUGGCUGGGAGGACCCGGCGGUCUGGUCGGGUUUCUGGGCCAAGAGAGAUACAUUGUUGCAGUAGUGACGGGAAGCCUGGGAGCGUCCAGGGUUUGCUCUGCACGGAGCUUUGCGUGGCGUCGAGGCCCGGGAUGGACAAGCUGAAGAAGGUGCUGAGCGGCCAGGACGCGGAGGACCGGGGCGGACUGGCCGAGAUUAUUGAAACACCAUCAUUAAGCUGGGGCACAAGAAUCAAAGGCUUUGCUGCUUGUUUUGCCAUAGGGAUUGUUUUCUCAUUGAUGGGUACUUUUCUUCUGUGGGUACCUCGGAAAGGACUUGUCCUUUUUGCAGCAUUUUAUACCUUGGGGAACAUUGCAUCACUUGGGAGUACUAUCUUUCUCAUGGGACCAAUGAAGCAAUUGAAGCGCAUGUUUGAACCUACAAGACUGAUUGCUACCAUUGUGAUGCUGCUGUGUCUUGCCCUCACUCUGUGUUCCGCCUUCUGGUGGCACAACAAGGGACUUGCUCUCAUUUUCUGCAUUUUGCAAUCUUUGGCCUUGACGUGGUACAGUCUUUCCUACAUACCAUUUGCAAGGGAUGCUGUGAAGAAAUGUUUUAAUGCGUGCCUCGCCUAAUAAGCAAAAAGGCACUUUUGAAAAGCCUCGGCAAGUACAAAAGACCAAUUUCUGACACUGUUUUGUAAAUAUUUUCCUAAUUCUGUCUUGCAGACGUGUGCCUUUUUUUUUUUGGCUUCUGGCAGGAUGUUGCUUGCAUUUAAAAUAUUGAUGGCUGUUUUUGUAAGCAAUGAUACAUUGUCAAAACAAAAUGUCCGUUGCUCUGUUUAAGUUUUUGUGUGCCUGGAUUUUAAAGUGUAAAAUGUCACUGAUCUGUCAUUGUUCUGUCCCAACCUCCCCCUUCUUUCUUUCUCUGCCUUUCCCCUCCAUCUCUCUAUUUUGAAAUUUCACUGCAUUGUUAUUUAUGAUUUAAGAAAACCAAACUUGCCCAGCCAUGGUUGAGGCUUGGGGGCAUUCCUGAAGGGUGCCAUUUCUUCUCUAGGAAUAGUUUGCCCCUGGGACUUGGUACCUUCCCAGAUUUAGGUCUCUGAGCACACACAGCACAGUCCAACUUCUCCAGGUGGUGGAGAACAUCACUAUUGCUCAGAAUAUAGCACCGACAUACAUAGAAGGCCAUUCUGCAGGAAUGUACAGACUGUUACAGGAGCCUGACAGAUGAAUGAAGUAGAAAAAGAGCUGCUAUUUAUGGGGGGGGGGAAAAAAAAAACCCAACAGAACUCUGUCACUUCUUAUUCUCUACACAGUUUUCUGUGCUCUUACUAUUGUGAAUACCUCCCCAGAAUAUACUGUCCAGUGCCUGACAUAGUAUCUCCCCCUUUCCUCUUGCCCCAGGUAUAGAAGGGGAAAGAAAAAAAAAUUACAAUUUUUUUUCUGUGGACCAGAGCAGGCAGCUUUGCUAUGAUCUGCCUUUCUUAUUUCUUUCUGCCCCUCCUUCAUUAUUAAUGACUGGUUUAGUGCAGCACAUUUUUAAACUUUUUCCAUUUGUGACUCCUUUUUGUCUGAGAAAUCUGUGACCUGGAUAUAUCAAUAUUUAAAAAUAGGUAAACAAACCUGACAUUUGCUGAUAAUAAAUCAUAGUUUUCUGACUCUUACAUUCAGUUAUGAAAUCCUGUGGGGGGGUUGCAAGCUACUGUAAGAAAUUGGGGGCAAGUGGAUCAAGACUUGACCUUGAAGCCUGCUAAAACUUGAUUUCUGGGGUAGCCUCUGACAUGAUCUGGCUCUCUGACUUCAAGCAAGUCACUUAAUCUCUCGUCAUUCCAGGAAACUUUAUAAGUUAUAGCAAGGUACCAACCUGUAGGGCUGAUAGAAGUCCCUCCCUGGGAGCUCCCUCUUCCAAUAUAAUCAUAGAUCCAUGUCCUGUCUUUCCUUAUGAUCAAAGGCUUCUGAAGUGAAGUCGUUUUCCUUUUUUCCUCAGUUAAGGAAGAGAGAAUAUAAGAAAUACUUCUUAUUUAUGCCUGUUAUUUUCCUAAGUGGAUGUACCAGAUGAUCUUUCAAUAGUUAGCUGUCUGAUGUUUGCCAGAGAAUAGCUAGAGAUGGAUAGAGGCGGAAGGGUAGACAUCAUGAAUGCACUGAAUCCAGGAUGGUCAGAGCCAUUUGGCUAAUCUGGGGUUUUGUGGCUGGGAUGCCAGGAUGUACCUCUUAGUAUCCCUUAUUCAGUUUAUUUCUGUUUUUAUGGCUCACAGUUCAUUCACUGCACCCUGCUUGAUGUUGGCUCUGGUACCUAGGCUCUGGCACAGCUCAAGCAUCUCCUAUCUUGAUUCCCUUCUUCACAUUCCCUCUUAGGGGCAAGAAGUGGGAAGAAGCCUGGAUCUGGAUCUCAGCUCACUCAUCCAUAAGAUGAGGGUGUUGGUCUUACCUUUCGGUAAGCUAAGGGCAGUGUGGUACUAUGGAAAGAGAGUCAUGUUUAAAACUCAGCUCUGCUAUUUUAUUUACUAGCUAUAUAACCAAGGGUAAUAAUUUAGUCUUUCUUGGCUCUCUGUUUCCCCAUCUGUAAAAUGAGGAGGUUGUUUAAUUGAUGUCGUAACAGAUCCCUUCCAACUCCGACCUUAUGGUCCCAUCCUCUGAUACUCUGUGAUCUGCAUGGGUUUCCUUUAGCUAGGGAGGAAAAAAAAAUCUCACGUUGAUCCUUAGGUGAUUAGAAGGGAUUAAAAUUCCCAAGUGGUCAAUUUGGAUCUAAAAUCACCAAAGGAUUAAAAAAAAAAAAAAGAUCACAUGCUUUGUUUAUAUAAAUCUCAUUUCCAUAUCUCCUGAGAAUAGAGUAAAAAACUCAAUUGAGUUGAUUCUGUUGUAAGAAAACAGGGUAUCUUCUCUGUGCCUGAGGGAACCUUUGCUUUGCUACCCUUUGGACCUUCUGUUUUCAUUUGUCAGGCAGGGGGAAGGAGAUUACUGUACUCAAAGGAGCAUAAUAUAAUAGAAUUGAGACAAUUUGAUUUCAAAUCCUGCCUCAAACACACUAGCCAUGUGAUCCUAGGCAGGUCAUUUAAUCUCCCUGAACCUCAGUUUCUUUCUCUGUAAAAUGAUCUUUUAAAUUCCCUUUUGUCUUUGAAUGUUGUUCUCCUGAUCACUUAAGAAAUUAUUGUCAUUAGACUUGUUUAAUUGAACCACUAUAUAUUUGAGUUUCUUCCCUUUCGGUUCAAUCUAUAUACCCCUAGAGAUUACAGCAUUUUACUUAUCUUUUCCAUUGGCUACCUCUAGUCCUCUGAGGCCAGUAACCAGUGGUCCCAGUGUAAUGAAGUGGGUGGUGGCCUUGAUUAAAUUUUUUUUCUUCCUAGCAGCUAAAUGGAGAGCAGAAUAGUUAGUGUGGGUUUGCUAUUGUUUUUAAUCUAUAAUCUAUAAUCUAUCAAAGACCCUAGGUUUAUGUAUUUUUUUUUUUUAAAACCCCUAGGUUCAAUCUGUAAUUUUCAUUCUAUAGAGCUGAUAUAUCAAUAUCACAUUUGUUUGGGAUCAUGGAACUUUGGACUCAAAAUGGACCUUAGUAGUCCUUGGAGCACAUUUGCUUUUACAUUUAUAUCACAAGUCCAUUUCUGCCCUUCCUGCUUUUGAAAGGUUGUUUUCCCAAAACUUUAAUUAAUGAUUUGAUUUACAUUGAUUAGGGAAGGGGAGAGGCUAAAAGGCAGCAUCAUUCCUAGGAUCACAGAAUUUCACAGUUCUAAGGGGUCUUAAAAAUAAUCUUGUCCAACACACAAUGUAAUGAGAGAACCUUCUACAAUUUAUGUGACAAAUGUCUGUUCCAGCCUUUAUUUGAAGACUUUUAGUUGGGGAAACUUGCUGAUUUCUGAGGCAGCUCAUUCUGCCUUUGGACAAGCUAAGUGGUUAGGAAGUUUUAUUUCUUAUAUCAAGUAAUAAGUAGAGAACACACUACUCCAGAAGAGCUCAAAAUCCUAUUUGCUAGUUCUCUGACUUGGAGGAAGUUAAAAACAGUCCUAAUUACUCUUUCCCAUGAUAGCUGUUCAGAUAUUUGGAAGCUGGAAUCAUGCUUUUUGCCUCUUGUAGCCCCUGACAACAAAAAAGUAUUUUCUUUUCAAGCUAUUCCAGUCAUUCCUCAUAGAGAUUGAUUUUUGUUUCUUAACCAUCUGUGGUUACCACCUCUGGACCGCUUCUGUCUUGACAAUAGCCUUUUAUAAAUGUCACCUCCAGAACUGAACACAAUGCUCUCCAGAUGUAAUCUGACCAAGGCAGAAUAAGGCAAAGCUGUCACCUCCCUUGGUGGGUACACAACUUCUGUGAAUGCAGGCUAAGAUCUCAGUGACUUUUUUUUUUAGCCUCUACAACAUUGAGUUUGGAAGUUAUACUUCUGUAAAACUCCUAGAGCCUUUCUCAUGAACUGCUGCUGUCUAGCCCCGUCUUCCCCAUCCUGUGCUUGUGAUGCUGAUUUUUUCUGACCCGAGGUACACUUGGUAAUUAUCAUUAUAGGAUAACCACACAUAGUUGUUGAAUUCUCUGAUACCUGCUCCUUGUGCCAAUGGUGGCCUUCACAAAGCAUCCUUACACUUUGACCUGCCAGUGCAGAAUGACUGCAUUCUGAUUUGGGAACUUCCUGUUAUCCCCCCAUUCCCUUGACCACUGUGGGAUGGAGUGAGUGGGAUAUGAGUUGGCAAACGUUGCCUCAUCCCUGAUUGACCAGAUUUAGUUAGGCCUUAGGACUUGCAGAUGGCUUUGUUUGAAAUGCUAAUUGUUCAUAUAGAGACUAAAUUUUGUAGAUUAUUUACAGCAGGUUGUGAAUCACCAGCGAGCAUCCUCCUGGUACCUCGCAUGUCUGGAAGCUACUUCCUUUCUGUUAUCAGUCAUCUGUACUCGGAGAACAAACUCAUCUUAUUGUUUUCCCCAAUUUGAAGAGCCUUAGGAAAUAGAAAGAAUCAUCAAAUAUAUACAUGCACAUGUUUUGGAUUACCCAAAUCACUGCUUUGUCCACAAUAAAAACCAUAUGUUACAUACUAUGGUAAGCAAUGGCGUUUUUGAGAGCAGACCAUAUUUCAAGAAAAACCUGUUCUUCUGUCCCUUGUUGAUGUUAGAUAGAUAUUUCUGUGAAUUAAAAAAAAAAAAAAAAAAAAAAAAAAAAAAA